AUGCAGCAGCGCGAAUGCGAGACGGAACUCUUCGACUUGACGCUGCACCGCGUCAGGGUGGACCCUCUGGCCCUUGAAGAGCCCCUGGCAGUAUCAAGCAUCCAGGCCAAGUCGUCAACCCAGCUUGGGUGGCAGCUGGAGCUUCGACAGCGGCAGUCCGUGAUCUUGCGAGGCGGCAUACUCGGGGAUGCACCCGGCUACGGCAAGACCGCCACAAUGAUUGGCCUCAUCGAUGCUAGUGCUGGCACUCGCCACUGCCAGCUACACCUGCCAGCCGAGAGCGAUCCCUACUUCUUCAAGUCAAGGGCAACACUGGUACUGGCUCCUUCGAAUCUGCUGAAACAGUGGGCUGACGAGAUCCAGAAGUUCACUGCCAACCCGGAAGGAUCCACCAAACUGGAGGUACUUUCAAUUGGGACAGCAGCCCAGCUGAAGAUGCUUACGGUGGACAAGGUCAGCAGAGCUGACAUCGUGAUUUGCUCCUAUCGCUUGCUGUACUCCCCGGUAUACAGGCGGCGCUUGCAAGAGCUUUCAGGUGACUUCUCCCAAGUGUCCAAUGGCGAGGCAGCUCGCAUGGCUGUCGACAUCCAAAGCCUGCGUCGAAACACCAAGCGCUUUCGUGAAAAUCCCAGCGAGCUUGGAUGGCUGCAAAUUCCGGAUUCGUCAACGGGCAGCCCGCAACGAGCGAGCGUCGCGGCAGCUAGCAGCGACGACGCCAACAACCUUUGCUUUCCAGUGCUGGAACAGGUCUGGUGGAGAAGAAUCGUUUUCGACGAGUUCCACGAACUUGAGGCAAUAGGUGACACGGCGCAGUUCGACUCCUUGCAGUGUAUUUGCGCCGGUUGCCGGUGGGGCCUGACAGGCACUCCGCCUACCCGAGACUUGUCACAGGUGGCGACAUUGGCGAAGCUUUUUCAGCUGCCAGGCUUGCCCUGCGAGGAUGGCAGUGAGUAUGAACUUCAGCUUGCACAGGAAAUGGCUCGAUCCUUCUUGGAUCGAUUCGCCAGGCAGAACACGAGCGAAGAGAUCGAGACUGUGCCUUUGAACGAGCACCUCGUUGCAGUGGAACAGACACCGGAGGAGCGUGCAAUCUACUUGCAAGCUUCUCAUGACCUUUGCCAGGCGAGUGGGGCGGCACUCGAAAUCACUGGCGAGUCUCGUGGGGUAGAAAGGCUUAUCAAGCUGUGCUCCCACUUUGCUGCAUAUUCUGGAAUGGCUUCGGGAUCAUCCGCGGAUGCUGGGACGGAAUGCCGCCGAAUCUUGUCCAGCAAAGAGCAGCAAGCGAAAAGAGCAGCAAACCAAAUGCAGCGCUGGGGCAUCCGCUUGGAACUACGACUUCGAGAGACUUCCGCUGUCAGUUGCGGUCAACGAUUCGAGCUCCAGACUGGGAUCUUGCGUCGUCUUGGAGCAACUGUACCGGAGGCCCCAAUGUCUUGCACUGAUGGGCAAGGUCAUGAGCUUUCAGAUGCCCCUGUCAGUGCCCAAGACUACACUAGUACCUGGGCUGCUGUCUCCCAGCCAGCAGCUGCUGCAUCUGCCGCAGCUUGCCUUGUGGAGGUUGCACGUAUGUGCUUGUCGGAGCUGCAGCGGAAAGCCGGCGAGUUCGAAGAGACGGAAGACGGUCUCCAAGAUCGCAUGGUGGCGGCUGCAGAGGCAGCGAGCUCUUCCCAGAGAUCCCUUCAGUUCUUCCAACGAACGCUGGCGGCUGCCCGGGGUGAGGCAUCAUCUGAACAAAGAUCUUGCAGCAUAUGCUUGGAGGAGGAUCUGAACGAGGAAGACCUGUCCAUAGCGACUUGCGCCCACGUCUUUCAUACUACCUGCCUUCAAGAAGUGGUGAAGAAGUUCGGAAACUGCCCCGAACGCCGGCACAAGCUGGGAAAGAGCGACGUCACACGCCUUACCAAAGAACUCCAAGCACCUGGUCCGGGGCGAGGCUGCAAAUUGCGCGGCAGCUCAAAAGCGUUCGAGAAACAGGCCGGAAGCAAACUUGCAGCGUUGGCGGUGCACUUGAAAAAAUUGCAUGAACGUGGUGAAAAGGCGUUGGUCUUCUGCCAAUGGGAGGAUUUGAAAAGGUGUGUUUCUGCUGCGCUGAAUGGUUUGGGUGUGCCGCACUUGGAGUUGGUCGGGUCCGUCUUCCAACGGGCGGAGGUGCUCCGCCGUUUCCAGGAUGAGGAUGGCGAUGGCGCAGAUGGCGGCAGUCGCUCCCUGCUCCUUUCGCUGGAACACGCGGCCAGCGGCACGAACCUCACCGCCGCGAACCAUGUCGUCUUCGUCCACCCGAUGUAUGCGACCUCCGCUGAACGGGCUGUGGCUUAUGAGGCCCAAGCAAUUGCUCGUUGUCGUCGCUACGGCCAACAGAAGCCCGAGGUGAACUGCUGGCGCUUCGUCACUUGCGGAACGAUCGAGGAGAGCAUUACGGCCUCCCACCAGAAAGAGCUGUGGCGGCGCGAAGCCGGGAGUAAUGCAAAACAUGACUCGCUUGCAUGGAAUCAUUGGAGGGCAUUUCCUGUGCCUGAGCCGUACCGCAAAUUGUUAGCUGCGGCCGAGUCCUUUCAGGGAGCCAGGCCAGGCUACGUGUUCAAAGUUGACAAACAUGGCUUGGGGUACUAUCUGGAUCCCGUACAGGUCAACCGAUCUAUCUGGGAUGAUGUAGUUUCCAAGUUGCCCGAAACUUGGCGGGACACGCCACAUCGGGAGGAGCAACUACGUGUCAGUCAGCAGCAAAGUUGUGGCUUGAGUAUGUCGCACAGUGAUUUUGGCUUCGUGGUCGACAAGGUGGAGGACGAGCCUGGCCAAAAACUGCACAAGGGCGAGGCCAUCGUGGCGAUAGAAGGGCGUUUGCUGGCUGGACUCUCUGCUCCGCAGAUGCAGGCCUCCUUCCAGAAGCGCCGUGUCGACGGUGCGCGACUGUAUGUGGUCGAUCUCGCCAAGGCAGAAGAGCUGUCCAGACGAGACCCAAACAUCAUUGAGAUGUGGGACCCUGUUAAGCAGCACAACUAUUUCUUCCACAAGAAGACUGGCAAGAGCGCAUGGACGCUGGAGGAGCUGCAGCCGGCUCCAUCCACGUCCACGUCGACCUCGGCUUCGUCGGAGAAGCGGAAAGCGGAUGCAUCGCAGGCGCCGAUUGACAUCGCCCACUUCAUGCAGCAUGGGUUCGCAAAGCAGAAAGAGCAGCCAAAGAAGAAGGCUAAGGCCAAAGCUGACGAGACAGACAGGAGUGA